AUGCUUGUGCUCUCGAUCAUCGGCUUCGUCCAGGACCAAAGAACCUCGACGUCCAGGGACCUAAAUCAGACGAGGACCCUUGUAUGCUUCGUUGCUUCGAUCCUCACCACCAUCUACCUCUUAUUUAUCAUCCUCUCCGCCUGUAUCCCCUCAUCCGCAUUCUACCAAAAACUCACACGUACGCGUCGUUCGACCGCUGCUUGCGUUAACUUCGCGUGUGCCGCCAUAUUGAUACCUCUUUGGGGUGUCACCGUCCACGGGAAUGCUCGGCGCAUCGCAGGUGUUGAAGACUCGUACUACUGCGAAAAUUCUACGUGCCUCAACGCAGGGGUAUUACCCAGUAUCAACCACCAACAUUUGACCAUGACAGUCAUCGCAAGCAUCACAACUGCUCUCGUCGCCUCGUUCGUGGCCAUGUUCGCAGAUUGUGCAUGGAAGGCACGACGUCGAGAGAAGGGUCUGGAGUUAGCAUUUUCAAACGAGCAGACAAGGUCUUUCACCAGAUCGUCUCGUAACAAGCCAUAG